AUGAACAUAAAUAUUGAGUCUGAUUGGCUGGAUUAUUGUGACUUUUAUAUCAUGAACUUCGUUCACAUGCUGCGCGAAGAACGGCGCCGUGCAUACGAGGCAGGUGCAUCAACUACACAUUUAGAAACUAAGUUGAAGGUUGCAAACAUUGGCAAGAUCAACGACGACAUUUUGCAGCUAGGGCGUCUUAAGGUCUGGGCAACGAGAUCGAAAAUUGACAUUGAAGAGUUUCGUAAAGGUCCAAUUGUUGGCGUAUAUUACAUCCCCAAUUGGAUCACGCCAGAUGAAGAGUUUGCAAUUUUAGAACGUGUGUAUGGAAUUCCCAAUGAGCACAACAAAUGGGUGAAGCUCAAGCACCGUAGACUGCAGAUGUGGGGCGGAGAAGUCAAAGCGCCGUUUGAUCGUCUGCCGCUGCCUGAAUGGUUGGAGCAGGUCAGCCAAACACUUGUGGAUACAGAAAUCUUUACUAAAGCGAAAAAGCCUAACCAUGCAUUAAUUAACGAGUAUGGUCACUGGUGCUAA